AUGACCAAAAUCAUCCUCUCCGCGAAUGCGGGCUCCUCAUCCGUCAAGGUGUCUGUUUACGCCUCCAAUGGCAAUCCUGAUGAAUUGAAGCAGCUUGCUGAGGCAUCUAUUUCUGGCCUGACUGCACCUCCCGCCAAGCUGAGCUACGAACGUGGCAAUGAGAAAAUCAAGAACAAAGAGCUCGAGGGUGCAAUGUCUCAAGAGGACGCCUUCAAGUACAUCAUCGAGCAUCUGCUGAAGGAUGAAGGCCUACCCGAGCUGAGGCACAGGGAAGAUGUCGAGUUCGUCUGCCAUCGUGUCGUCCAUGGUGGUGACUAUCCCAAGGCUCAAGUUAUUGACGACAACAUCUACCACCACAUUGAGAAGUUGUCCGAUCUGGCUCCCUUGCACAACGCUGGCGCUCUCACCAUCAUUCGGACUGUAGGUAAAGAGCUUCCGGCCUCCACCAAUGUCGCUUAUUUUGAUUCGGCAUUCCAUGCCACAAUUCCUGAGCAUAUCCGCACCUACCCCAUUGACCAGAGCAUUGCGAAGCAUAACAAGCUUCGCAAGUAUGGCUUCCAUGGAAUCUCCUACCACUUCAUCUCGCGCGUUGUCGCGCAGCACCUGUCCAAGCCGCUCUCUUCCCUCAACAUCAUCGCCCUACACCUGGGCAGCGGCGCCUCGGCUUGCGUCAUCAAGAACGGGCAGUCCUGGGACACGACCAUGGGGCUGACGCCGCUGGCGGGGCUGCCGGGCGCCACACGCAGCGGCAGCAUCGACCCGUCGCUCGUCUUCCACUACACGCACGACGCGGGCAUGCCCAGCCGCAGCAGCACCAAGGAGAUGCACAUCACCCAGGCCGAGGAGAUCCUCAACAAGCAGAGCGGCUGGUCCGCCUUGACCGGCACCACCGAUUUCGGCAAAAUCUCCGCCAGCGAUGCCCCCGAGUGCAAGCUCGCCUUCGACAUCUUUGCUGAUCGCAUCCUCGGCUAUGUCGGCUCGUACUACUUGAAGCUGGAAGGCGACGUCGAUGCCCUUGUAUUCGCCGGCGGCAUCGGCGAGAAGGGCGCAAAGCUGAGGGACCGAAUCGUUCACGGCGCCAAGUGCUUGGGCUUCCAGCUGGACAGCGAGAAGAACGAGAAGGCCGCUAACUCUGAGAGCGUCGUGUCCGACAUCGCGUCAGCGGACUCGAGGCACAGGGUGCUGGUCUGCCGCACAGACGAACAGCUGCAAAUGGCGAGGAGCUGCACCGAGGACGCAGACAAGUUCCGCAGUCAGAGUAAGAAGUGA